AUGAUGAUUGCGAUUCGCAAAGUUUUGAAGAAACGGAGUUUUCUGAACAAGAGGAGCAAGAAGAGAGAAGAUGGCGCCAUCAAUACAGGUACAGGUACUGGUACUGGUACUGGUACUGCAACUGGUAGCAGUGUGAGCAGCACAGUGGUGGGAGAAAGAGAGACAGAAGCAGAAGCAAUCAUUCCUCAAGAAGUUCAGACCAAUUUGAACCCCAAGGAGUCCAAGUCUGCCAAAUCUGCCAAGAAUUUCAAGGAUCAGAAGGUUAGUGCAUGUACUAGUACUGCUCAAGUCCAGAAAGAAGAAAAAACAAAAACAAAACCAAAAGAAGCAGAAGCUCUGAUUUUGACAGACAGAGAAAUCCAAGCAGGAGUCACAUCUCUGCUAAGACAGCAACUAGGAUUGCAGAUGGAUGUCAGUGUCAGUUCAGCACAGACUUCUGAUCUUGCCAUGCAUAGUACUACUAGUAGUAGUUUUGUUAGUGCACAGGUUAGCAAGGAGGAUCUGCAAGAGAGAAGAAAGACCAUUCAAGAGUUCAUCCGGAUAGUCAACACUCAUGACAUGGAGCAAGCCAGACAGUUUGUCACUCCUGAUGUCCAGUUCCAAUUCACGGCUCCCCAAGGAAAACAACUGGAAGUGGAAUUCUCAUGGGAAGAAUGGUCAGGAGCUCAUUGUCACAUCAACGCAAGCUUUCCAGAUUUCUCCUUUAGAUACCAACAAGUCAAUGACAAGCUAGGUGUUGUCAUUCUUACUGGAUUCAGAGCCAGUGGAACUCAUACCGGAACACCCUUUGCCUUUGGACCACUCGAUCCCAUUCCACCGUCGGGAAAAUUCAUUGAAAAUGAUCCCGAACAAGCAUACUUUUACUUUCGAAAUGACAACCAUACACAAUUCUGCAGAGUCACUUGGUACACCACGGGCGAAAUGACUGGACCCGAUGGAUUCUACACACAGCUCGGAGGAUUCCCCACUCUGUAG